UAGAAAUCCGAAAAAUCGGUAGAUCCGGCAACCCUGGUUUUAAAAUCAAAUGAAUUUUGAUAAGCUGGUUUGAUUGGAAGGGGAACAAGUUUAAUCGAGCGAGUGUUGUUUUGUUUUGUGGACAACCAGAAAAAUUUAAAUCCAGUGGAAUGUGAAUGCGCUGUCAGUGCGCUUCGGCUUCACAGUUAAUUACAGUUAUUCGCCGCCGAAGUGGCUGUUUUAUAGGUUAGUGUGAACGUCAGAGCUCACAACAGAUCAUCUAACCGAUUAUCAGCGCUAAAAAGGGGAGCAUGGCAGCGGCCUCAGUGCGAGGUGUCCCCAGCAAGUUGGGCAACGUCUUCCAGUCCCUGAAAGCAGUCUCAUCGGCCCCGAGGAGCUACUUCACGUACACCCCCGAGCCAGCGCAGCCCAUCAAAGGAAAGGAGCCCAAAUGGGUCGCUUCAGCAGAGGAGGCCUUCCAGGACCUCAAAUCAGGGGACACAGUAUUCGCACAAGGGGCGGCCGCCACCCCGAUAGAAAUGCUGAAAGGCAUGACGGAAGUCGGGAAGAAGAAGAAACUGAAAGAUGUCAGAGUUUGUCACAUGCACACGGAGGGACCCGCACCUUACUGCGCACCGGAAUGCGAUGGGAUAUUUAGGUCGUUUUCUUUCUUCAUGGGAGGUAAUGUAAGGAAAGCAGUAGCAGAGGGAAGGGGUGACGCCUUGCCAAUCUUCUUAUCAGAAAUUCCAAUUUUGUUUUAUAAGAAGAUUAUUGAACCCACCUAUGCAGUUAUCCAGGUAUCUCCCCCAGACCAGCAUGGAUACUGCAGUCUUGGCACUAGCGUGGAUUGUGUCAGGGCUGGAAUGUCGCAUUCGAAGAUUAUUGUAGCUCAGGUGAAUCCAAACAUGCCUCGUACAUUCGGCGACGGCAUCAUCCACAUCAGUCACAUCGACUACGCUUGCAAAGUGGACCAGCCUUUGCCGACGCACGGUGGUCAACCGCCGACCGAGGUCGAGAAGCAGAUCGGAAAGAACAUCGCUGAGAAUCUCGUCGAAGAUGGAGCCACAUUGCAAAUGGGUAUCGGCAGCAUCCCGGACGCCGUGUUGGCCUGCCUGCACGAUCACAAAGAUCUCGGCAUCCAUUCGGAGAUGUUCGCCGGCGGCGUGAUCGACCUGGUGAACCGCGGCUGCGUCACCAACAACAAAAAGAAGAUCCACAAGGGUCGCAUCGUCGGCUCUUUCCUCAUCGGCACACAGGCGCUUUACGAUUUCGUUGACAACAAUCCGUUCGUUGAGAUGCUGGUCGUCGACUACGUUAACAGUACAAAAAUAGUAUCUCAGAUGCCUAAGAUGACUGCUAUCAAUUCGUGCAUCGAGGUGGACCUGACCGGGCAGGUGAAUUCCGACUCGAUCGGCACUCGCAUGUAUUCGGGCUUCGGCGGUCAGGUGGAUUUCAUUCGAGGGGCCGCCGAGGGAUUUGACGGAAAAGGGAAGCCGAUCAUCGCAAUGCCAUCCACCACGAACAAGGGCGAGAGCAAAAUCGCACCGAUCUGCAAGCCAGGUGCGCGCGCUUAUUUUUUUGUUAUACGGGCUUAUGGGUAAUUCGCUGUAUUCCUUCCAAGGCGCGAUGGAGGCAUUAAAAUUCAGUUUUAGAGGAUUUUUAAGUUUUUCUGAUUUUCCGAAAUUGAUUAUUUCAGUCUAAAUAAGAAAAAAAGCAUGUCAUAAAUUCACUCUUGUGAAUCCAUCCAAUUUUAUAGUUCAAAAUUUUGGUAAAAAAUCAAGCUGCAUUUAGAGAAAAAUGUUCCACAUAAACGGCAAUCCGAAUGGUGGUGGAAGACUGGAGAAGAAGUAUAGAUGAGAAAGAAUAUAUUAUAACAAUAUUUUUAGACUUCAAAAUUGCGUUUGAGACUAUAGAUAGGGAAAAAUUGUUAAUUAAAUUGCGUCACUAUGGCUUUAAAGGAUCAGUAUUACACAUUUUACAAAAUUGUUUAGUAAAUAGAAGUGAAAAAACUAAAGCUGGAAAUAUUAUGUCAAGUGUUCAAAAUAUAUCAGUAGGGGUGCCACAAGGGAGUAAAUUGGGGCCGUUACUAUUUAUUAUUUAUAUAAAUGAUAUCUCUGACAUUUUAGAACACUGCAAAAUUCAAAUAUUUGCGGACGAUACACACAUAUAUAUAUACGACAUGAGCAUUUGGACACUGAUUUAGAACUGUUAAAUAGUGAUAUUUAAACAAUUAUGAAUUGGUUAAAUGUCAAUAAACUUAAAUUAAACACUAAUAAAACAAAAUGUAUGUCAAUAGUUGAAGUAGUCGAAUCAUUUAAAUAUCUUGGUAUAUAUGUGGAUAGUAAGCUACUGUUUCACAAACAUUAUGAAUACAUUAUUUCAAAAAUAUCGAAAAAGAUAAAUUACUUCUACCAAAAAAAUUGUGUAUAAUACUAUAAUUCUUUCCCAUUUUUUAUAUUGUUCAACCAUCUUGUUUACAGCAAAUGAAAACAUAUUUUCAAAAUUACAAAUUCUACCAAAUAAAUCUAUGAGAAUCAUUUUAAAUAAAAACAAAUAUGCUAGGAUUAAGUUUAUGUUAGAACUGCAGUGGUUGGAUGUGAAAAAUUUCAUAUAUUAUUUAGUUCUCGUUUUCAUAUUCAAAUUAAAGAAUCAUGUAUUACCACCACAUUUAGAGAACUGCACAAAAUUAAAUAGUCAUUAUCAUAACUACGAAACUAGAGGCAGUAUAGAUUUUCAUCUGCAAAAUUGUAAUAGUAGCAUAACUAGUAAAUCUAUAUUUCAAGAAGGGGAUAAUAAAUUUAAUAACGAUAUUAAACAGAGUUCGAAUUUAAAAAUGUUUAAGGUGAAAUUAAAAAAUCACUUUAUGAAUAAUCAAAAUACAUAGUGACGUAAUUUUAAAAGACAAGAAUGUAAAAUUACAGAAAAUGGAUUGCAGAAAAACAUGUAACCGAAUCAUUAUACAAAAUUGACAUUGUAGCAUUAAUGCUAAAUAAAUCUUCAACAACAAAAAAAUACUUGUAAAGGACUGAUACCAUCGUGAAGGCUGCAAAAAUGUUACAUACAAUAUCUAUUCUGAAAAAUAAGAAAGAUUAUUUCGGUUUUAUUUAGAAUAAAAACAUCUACAGGGUGUCCCGGAGGUCGAUGUCAAACCAGAAGGCCAAGUCAUGAUAUAAAAUUAUUUUUUCUGGGUGUAACAUUUCUAAUGUCACUGAAAAAGUGCAUUUUAAAACCUUUGACGUCCUGUAACGGACAAACUAAGCACUUUUGCAUAGAGGUAAAUCAUUUACAAUCGUCUCAUUCCGAGUCUAAAAAUGCAUCAAUGUCCAUCGGCACGGAUAUCACGUGUCUUGAAAAGUGACAUUAUGCCGAUUUUUCUUUGACAUUCUGCUGGUUUUUCUACCAGAUGUUAACUUAGCACUUAGUUGUAUGUGUUGCCUAAACGUCAUGAGGCUUGUUAUCAAUCUUUGGCUCUGAUGUGAUGUAAAAUCUGCUUUUGAGAUGGCAUUACUGGAGGUCUAAGCU